AUGUCCGAGAACAGCAUCCCUUACACGCUCCCCCUCCCCGGCGGGAUCCCCGACACGCACCGCCCGCACACGGAGCGGACGACGACGAUCCUGGUCCCGAAGGAGAACACGGCCUUCCUGAACCCGGUGCAGGAGUACAACCGUGAUCUGUCCGUUGCCACGAUCCGGGCCUGGAACAAUCUGAGGAAGGAGGAGCUCGAGGGCCGGUGGAGGCAGAAGCUGGAGCGCGAGGCGAAGAAGAAGGCUGCGAAGAAGGGCGGAGAGGCGCCCGCGGAGUCUGCUGAGCCCGCUGAGCCCGCCGGGACCGCUGCCGAGGAGAAGAAGGAGAACGGCGAGGCCGAGGCCGGCCCUUCGACCGAGGUAUGUCCAGCUCCGAGUCUGUUGCGCAUAGCUGACAAGUCUCAGCGCAAGUUCCGCGCGCCCAAGUUCACGAUCCUGGAGGCGCUCUCGGCGACGGGACUCCGCUCGAUCCGCUACGCCAAGGAGAUCCCGGAUGUGCGCACCGUGCUCGCGAACGACAUCUCGCCCUCGGCGUGCGACGCGAUGCGACGAAACGUCGCGCUCAACGGCGUCGGCGAGCCGUCCCAGCCGACUCCCUCCGAGGCCGCCCCCACCGGAGUGACGGACGAGGAGAUGGCCGAGAACGCCCCCGACCUCGGCCGCCGCGAGGGCUGCACGGGACACGUGAAGGUGAAUGAGGGCGACGCGUGCGCUCUGAUGUACUCGCGCCGCGGGCUGCGGGACCGCGUCGAGGUCGUCGACUUGGACCCGUACGGAACCGCUGCGCCGUUCAUUGAUGCGGCCAUCAAUGCGCUGGGCGACGGCGGCCUGCUCGCCGUCACGUGUACCGACCUGGCCGUGCUCGCCGGCUCAAACUAUCCCGAGAAGUGCUUCUCCAACUACGGUGGCACAGUUGUGAAUGCCGAGUACUCGCAUGAGGUCGCGCUCCGCCUCGUGCUCAACAGCAUCGCGCAGGCCGCAGCCCGGUACGGAAAGUACAUCCACCCCCUCAUCUCUCUGUCUAUCGACUUUUACGUGCGCCUCUUCAUCCGUGUCGACACGCGCCCGGCCGAGGUGAAGCGCCUCGCCUCGCAGACUGGCGUCGUGUAUGCGUGCGGCUUCUGCCAGACGCCGGUGCUCCAGCCGUUCGGGCGCGAGGUGCAGAAGGAGUCCAAGAAGGGCAACGCGACGACGCAGUACCGCGUCGCGACCGGUCCGACGGCGGCGGGCAAGUGUGAGGAGUGCGGCUCGACGCAGGCGCUGGGCGGGCCGAUGUGGCUCGGCCCCAUCCAGGACCGCGAGUUCAUCUCCCGCCUGAUCGGCGAGAUCGAGGCCGACAAGGAGCACUACGGCACCUAUCCCCGCAUGCACGGCAUGCUCACGCUGGCGGGCGAGGAGCUCGACGCGCCCUUCUACUUCAGCGCGAACAAGGUGCACGGCUUUGCGCACUCCUCCGCCAUGCCGACCAAGAACUACAUCUCCGCCCUCCUCAAUGCGGGAUACAAGGUUAGCCGCAGCCACGCGCUCAGUGGAAGCGUCAAGACCGACGCGCCCCGCAGCUUCGUCUACGACAUCAUCAGGGAACACGUCAAGGAGCACCCGGUGCGUCUUGACAAGAUCUCGGAGAUGAGCCCGACACACAAGCUCCUCGCCAAGCCCAUGAGCCACACUGUUGACUUUACGCCGCACCCCGAUGCCAAGAAGUUUGAGAAGGACAAGGACUCCAAGGCCGUCUUUUACCAGGUUAACCCGCUCCCGAACUGGGGACCGGGAAGCCGCGCGAAGAGCGUCAAGGCUGCCAAGGAGGAGGGCGACAAGGGGGAGAAGAGGAAGAGCGAGGAUGCGCCCGAGGGAGAAGCCAAGCGGGCCAAGGUCGAUGAGGACGAGGAGGCGGCUAUGAACCAGUAG